CUGGAGGUUCCCAACAGCAAGUUCUCUCAGAAGGGCAGGCCAGCAGGCUGAAGACCCAAAGAGUUGCAGUUUGUGUCCACAAGCAGUCUGCUGACAUGAUUCCUUCUUGCUCAGGGGAGGACUUUCUAUUUCUAAGCCAGCUGUAAUCUCCUCACUGGAGCAAGGGAAGGAGCCCUGGAUGGUUGUGAGGGAAGAGACAGGAAGAUGGUACCCAGACUUAACAUCAAGAAAUAAGCUCAAGACGUUAUCUCCAAAAAGGGAUGUUUAUGAAACAAAAUCAUCCCAAUGGAUUAGCAUGGAACAACUGAAAAGCCAUAGUCCUGAGAGAUUCAUUUUCAGAGAUACUUGGGAACGCAAAUGUCAUUUUGAGCAACAACAGGGACAACAGGAGGGUUAUUUCAGGCAAUUUAUGAUCAAUUAUGAAAAUGUGCCCAUUUUUAGCCAACAUACUUUACUCACUCAAGAAUUUUAUCAUAGAGAAAAAAUCCCUGAAUGUAAAAAAUGUAGAAAAAACUUUAGUUACCACAAAAGAACUCAUUCUAAAGAACUUUCUGAAUGUAUAGAAUGCACAGAAAUUAAUAUGCCAUUCCUUAUUAAACAACAGAGAAUUCAAAAUGCUGACAAAUGCAAUGAAUAUAAGAAAUGUUGGAAGGCAUUUAUUCAUUGCUCACAACUUACACAACAUCUGAGAAUUCAUAAUGGUGAAAAACGCUAUGAAUGUAAAGAAUGUGGGAAAGCCUUUAAUUAUGGCUCAGAACUUACUCUCCAUCAGAGAAUUCACACUGGUGAGAAACCUUAUGAAUGUAAGGAAUGUGGGAAGGCCUUUAGACAGCGAUCACAACUUACUCAACAUCAGAGACUUCACACUGGUGAAAAGCCCUAUGAAUGUAAGCAAUGUGGAAAAGCUUUUAUUCGUGGCUUUCAACUUACUGAACAUCUAAGACUCCAUACUGGUGAGAAACCAUAUGAAUGUAAAGAAUGUGGAAAGACUUUUAGGCAUCGCUCAUAUCUUACCAUACAUCAAAGAUUUCAUACUGGUGAGAAACCCUACGAAUGUAGGGAAUGUGGAAAGGCCUUUAGCUAUCUCUCAAGCUUUUCUCACCAUCAGAAAAUUCAUUCUGGCAAGGAACCUUAAGAAUGUAAUGAACGUGGGAAGGCUUUUUGUGAUGUCUUACAACUUACUCUACAUCAGGGGGUUCGCACUGGUGAGAAACUCUAUGAGUGUAACGAAUGUGGAAGGACUUUUAGACAGUGUUCACAUCUCAAAAGACAUCAUAGAAUUCAUACUGGUGAGAAACCUCAUGAAUGUAUGGUAUGUGGUAAGGCCUUUAGACUUCAUUCACAUCUUACUCAACACCAGAGAAUUCAUACUGGUGAGAAACCCUAUGAAUGUAAGGAAUGUGGGAAAGCCUUUAGCUAUCAUUCAAGCUCCUCACAUCAUCAGAGAAUUCAUUCUGGAAAGAAACCUUAUGAAUGUGUAAAGGCCUUUAAUCAUGGCUUACAACUUAAUUUACAUCAGACACUUCAUAGUGGUGAGACGCUGGUAAAGUUUCCUCUCCUCCCUCCCCAUCCUAGCAUAGCAUCAUGAAAGUGUUUUUGGAGAUACACAAUUUCUAUGUUUUCUUUAGGGGAAAAGUUG